ACUGUGCUAGUCAGAAGUGGAAUCUCUAAAUUUCUAAAAUGUUUCAUCUCUAAUUUAUUUACAUCUUAAGUUUUAAUAAUAAAAAUUACUUUAUGGCAGAUUUUCAAGAGCAAUUGAAAAAUUAUCGUCAGCAAAAGCAAAAGGAAAGAUUGUUAAACAGCUUCAAAUUAAAACUUAAACGUUUUUGGAUGCUGGGCACUGGCGCGGACGCAACUCAGGGAAAAUGUCAAACCACAAUCGAAGUUAAGCCAGCCUCAGAUAAGUCUUCUGACAUUAAUGAUACACCAGAGGAAUAUGUGUCUUCAGACGAUGAAAUUGAAGCGUCACAUAGAGUCGUCAAUGCCAGCGAAGAUAAGAAUAAUAAGUGUUUAAAAUAUACUCUGUGGGCGGUCUACUUCCUGUUUUGGGUAACAUUGUAUGUGAUAGCAAUUGAGCUGAAGUUCGGGUUGGUCUUCUUGAUGUUCUCCGCGUUAUUUGGAAUAUAUUUCAACACCAGAACUGGCCCAAAGGACCCCAACGAAAUAAGUGCUUACAGUAUAUUUAAUAAGAACUGUGAAAGUAUAGACGGCACUUUAAAGGCGGAGCAAUUCGAGCGAGAAAUCCGCUACGGCUCUGGUAGCGUGCGAUAAGUGCAAUUUAUAAAUAUUGAAAUAUGUAUAUGUAAAAUAUUUGGCAUAAACUCGUGAUUGGAAUUUUUCCCAAGAUCUGUACUUUAAAAUUUACUUAAAACGCAGUAUGCGACUUUUAUAUAAAUUUGAUGCAUCAACGUGUUUAUGAUACAAUGCCCUUAAUUUAUAAGAAAAAAUAAUCGUCAUUAAAUUAUAUACGAUGAAAUUGUAGAAAUGUA